CUCCUCGCCCCCUUCGCCCUGCUUACCUCCCACGAGACCUCCGGGUCACUUACGACGCCGCCAUGGGCGAAUACGAUGAAGACGGCGGUCUGAACUUCCUGCUACCGCUUUCUCUGUUCUUUGCUGCCGGGAUAUGGCUUGUCAUCAACCGCUUCCAAAGUUUUCAUAACCGUGCCGUGCCUUUCAGGCUUGCGCCGCCUCCUGAAAUCGGCCCGCGCUUCGAAGCGCACAAGAUUCCAAACCCUAACCUGGAGUCUCAUCAACUCUACCCGGAACUCAGGCCUUCAAUAUUCGUCGAGGGCGUCAGAUAUAUCACUUGUUUCGACCCUGCUACCGGCUUCCAUCUCGCCACAUUGCCUGCGGACAAUGCGGGUCAGAUUACGAACAAGAUCGCACGCGCAGCGGACGCCCAGAAGGAGUGGAAGAAGACCUCUUUCCGGGAUCGCAGGCGUGUCAUGCUCAGCUUGAAGAAAUGGCUCGUCGAUAACCAGGAAACAUGUGCGAGGGUUGCGUGUCGGGAUACCGGGAAGACUCUGCUUGACGCUGCAUUAGGAGAAAUCCUGACUACAUGUUCAAAGUUGGACUGGUUGAUCAACCACGGAGAACGCCAUCUCCGUCCGGAGAGGAGACGGGGCAACCUGCUCAUGUUCUACAAGAAGUCUUGGGUUUGCUACGAGCCGCUCGGCGUCGUAGCGGCCAUCGUGUCCUGGAAUUAUCCCCUUCACAACGCCUGGUCGCCCAUUAUUGCUGCUCUUUUCUCCGGGAAUGCUAUUGUGCUCAAGUGCUCCGAGAAUGUAGUCUGGUCGACGACGUGGUUCGUCAACGCAAUCAGAGAGUGCCUCUGUGCAUGCGGACGUGAUCCUGAACUCAUCCAGCUCGUGUGCUGCUAUCCAGAGGACGCCGACGCGGUUACCAGAUCCUCUAUAAUCCGUCACAUCACCUUCAUUGGGUCAGAGGAGGUCGGGCGUAAGGUAGCGGUGGCCGCAACCGAGCAUCUCACCCCGGUCACUCUGGAACUCGGUGGAAAAGACCCAGCCAUCAUCAUGCCGCAUACCAACUUGAAACAAUGGUCCAGUCUUUGGAUGCGGGGUAUAUUCCAGAACGCAGGCCAGAACUGCAUCGGCCUUGAGCGGCUCAUCGUCCACAGCUCCCAGUACGACGAAUUGCACGACAUCAUUCGACGGCGCACUGAGGAGCUGCGAUGCGGCUCGGCUCUCUCGAACCCGGGUCGCUACACAGAGGAGCUCGUGCAGCUUGCUGCGGAUGCCGGUCUCGAAGUCCAAGGCGGGGAGCGGUACAAGCAUCCGUACCUAGAGCAUGGCGCAUACUUCACACCGACGGUCAUCGGCGAUGGCAACCCUGAGAAGGAGUACGCGCAGCAAGAGUUGUUCGCGCCCGUCGCGCUCAUCAUCAAGUAUGAAACCAUCCAGGAGGCCAUCGACAUCGCCAACGGCACUCGCCAGGAUCUUCCGUUUGGUGGCACGAAGUCAAGUGGUUACGGCAGGUUGGCGAUCGUGGAGGACCGCUUCGGGUGGGCCAUCCAAACGACGAUCCCCAAGCAACUGACUACCCUGGAAUUCGUGAGCGGGCUGAUCGGUUUUGUCUACGGCGACAGCUGGCGGACGCGGAUAGAGUCGCUCACGCAGCUCAUCCAGGCGUCACGCAGAUAGCGGGUCUACUUCCGGCGUGCCGUGGAACGAUUUAUGGAUGAUCUAUGACAGGAUGACACACUGUUUUUUGUUUUGUUUUCUAUCUUAGCUGCGCUGCUGUACAUACCUUGCGGGCUGACCGUCUUCUACAUUUUUUAAUUCUGAAUCAAACGCUGUAACGCCGCACACCUCGGCAGCCCACCGGCAUCGGGGCGCUGUAUGGAUGCACACGGUACCGCGGGGGUAUGUACG